AUGCCUUACAACAACACGCCGAUAGCGCCAAACAAGGAAAUCACAGGUCAUGUGUCACUUCCUCUCGCACGUGUGCAAAAGAUAAUUCAAGCGGACCCCGAACGCAUCACAACCUCCAAGAAUGCUGCCUUCGCCAUCGCAUUGGCCACGGAAAUGUUUAUUCAACACCUCGCACAAACCACACACAACGUCGUCAAAGCCGAACGCAAGCCGCGCCGCAAUAUUCAAUACCGCGAUGUCAGUAGUGCGAUAGCGAAGACGGAUAACCUCGAGUUCCUGGUCGAUGUCGCGCCUAAGACGAGCACAUGGGGAACCGUGAAGAAGAAGUUGGAAGAGAAAGAGAAGGAGGACGCGAAGAAGAAGGAGAAGGAUGGCAAGAAGGACGGAGCGGUGAACGGACAGAAGACGUUGGAUGGUCCUAUUGAGACGGCUGAGGAUGAUGCGGACAAGGACAAGGACACGCAUACCAACGGCGGUGCAACAGCCUCGCCUACACCAGCGAAACCACUCGAGACGCCUGAUGCCAUGGAAGUCGACCAAGAGGUCCAGCGUGUAGAGGACAGCGAACCAGAAGAGGACGCUGCAGCUAUGCAAAUCGAGAUGGAAAUGCGUGGCCCGCCCCGUCAACCCACGGCGAGUGUAAGGAAGAGUCCAGAAGCCAGGCGGUCGACUGGUGGAUUUACUGCGAUUAAUGGCCAAAGGUGA